AUGCGCCAGAACAUCAGGCUGAUGGUCCACAAAGGAACUCGGGGUUUGCCAUGCCUUCAGGUUAGGGACCAAUUUCCAAGAGUGGAUAUGACAAUUGGGCUAAGUAAGAUUCUACUCUCACGAGUCAGUUUCUUCAGAGAGGUGGAAAUCCUUGACUGGAAGACAAAGAGACAGCUAUGCUUCCUAGAUAAGGUGGAACCAAAUGCCACAAUCAGGGAGAUCAGAUUGAUGUUCCAUAAAUUAUAUCCUCAGUGGUAUCCAGCAAGGCAGUCGAUAAAACUUGAUCCAAAAGGAAAGUCCCUGAGGGAUGAGGAAAUCCUGCAGCACCUCCCUGUUGGCACAACUGCUACCUUAUACUUUAAAGAUUUAGGGCCACAGAUAGGAUGGACUACGGUGUUUUUGAUAGAAUAUACAGGUCCAUUGUUCAUCUAUUUUCUGUUUUAUUUCCGCAUGCCUUUUGUCUAUGGACUGGAUGAGAGGUUUACAUCAAGCCCGCAUCCAGUAGUUAACUUGGCAUGUAUCUGCCAUUCUUUCCACUACAUCAAAAGGUUGAUUGAAACAGUAUUUGUUCAUCGGUUCUCCCAUGGGACUAUGCCACUGAGGAAUAUUGUGAAGGACUGCUUGUAUUACUGGGGGUUUGCAGCUUGGCUUGCUUAUUAUAUAAAUCAUCCUCUUUACACGCCUCCUUCUUUUGGGAAAAAACAGAUAAAUUUUGCUGUGAUCAUGUUUCUGCUGUGUGAAGCUGGAAAUUUUUCCAUUCAUGUUGCCCUCAGUGACCUCCAGAGAAAUGGAUCCAAAACUCGUAAGAUCCCAUAUCCAACAAAGAAUCCUUUCACAUGGCUGUUUUUCUUUGUAUCUUGCCCUAACUAUACAUAUGAGGUGGGGACCUGGAUCAGUUUCACUAUCAUGACUCAGUGUGUUCCAGUGGGGCUGUUCACCUUGCUUUGCUUCAUUCAGAUGACAAUCUGGGCAAAGGACAAACACUGCACCUACCUACGAGAAUUCAAGGAUUAUCCAAGUCUUCGAAUGCCAAUUAUUCCCUUUUUGUUGUAAGAAAAAAUGUUUAAUUUGAAUUUUGCACAGAACAUGAAGAAAAAGCUCAUAAACCUGAAAAAUAAGUGAAUUAAAGGAAUUAAAAGGA